CUCAGUUUCCGUGGCAGCAUCACUUAGCUACAUCACACCCGCCACACACACAGAGAGAGAGAGAGAAGGGAGUGGUCAUACACAGGGCCAUCAACAGGAAGAAAACAGAACACAAAGAACCUAGGACAAAGUGCUGGACUGAAUCCUCUGUUCAUUCUUUGUGCUGAAUUCUGGAAUCUCAGGAGGUUCUAGAAUUUCUUAAUUUAGUCAUAUCCUCAUUUCUCCAGGUAGAUCAGGUGUAUAAGAGAGACGCCCCCAGGAAGCCAGGAUGUCGAUGGGCAUGGAGAUUGUGGGCAUCGCCCUGGGAGUCAUAGGAUUCAUCCUGGGCAUCGUGGUCUGUGCUUUGCCCUUGUGGAAGGUUACAGCCUUCAUCGGAGCCAACAUCAUUACAGCCCAGACCAUCUGGGAAGGGUUAUGGAUGAACUGUGUGACCCAGAGCACGGGACAGAUGCAGUGUAAGAUCUAUGACUCCAUGCUGGCCUUACCUCAGGACCUUCAGGCUGCCAGAGCCAUGACUGUCAUCGCCAUUGUCCUGGGGAUUCUAGGGGUGAUGGUCUCCAUCGUCGGAGCCAAGUGCACCAACUGCAUCGAUGACGAAUCCUCCAAAGCUAAAGUCAUGAUCAUCUCCGGAAUCUUCUUCAUCCUGGCCGGUAUCCUCGUCCUCAUCCCUGUCUCCUGGUCGGCCAACACCAUCAUCCGAGACUUCUACAACCCCCUUUUGGUCGAGGCCCAGAGGAGGGAGCUGGGAGCCUCACUCUAUAUCGGCUGGGGGUCGGCGGCCCUGCUCCUUAUUGGAGGAGCCAUGCUGUGCUGCUCCUGCCCCCCCAGGGAGGAGAAGAGGUACAAGCCCCCCCGCAUGGCCUACUCCGCCCCUCGCAGCGUGAGUGGGGGCGCAGCGGGAUACGACAAGAAAGACUACGUCUGAGAGGGUCUAUUUCACCUGCAUGAUUGAACGGAGGGGAGAAAAGAUAGAGGGCGAGAAGAAGAGUGAUAGAGGAGUAGACAGACAGACAGAUAGAUAGAUAGAUAGAUAGAUAGAUAGAUAGAUAGACAGACAGACAGACAGACAGACAGACAGACAGACA